AUGCGAUUAGUGAUGUCGGCGUCGGCGUCUCAACGAAAAACUCUGAGUAUUUUUGAACAGUUCAUCGACGAUGUCAAAGUGAAGAAACUCAAACUGGCCGCUGCUGCCAAAAAGUACGGAAUCGGUUAUUCAACAGCAGCAAAAAUUCUCAAGAAAGAAGACGAUCUCAGAUCUUGCAUGCAAAUGAACGGAAACACUAAUCGCAAACGAAAGCGCCAAUCCGUGCACAAGGACGUUAACGAAGCGCUUACACAAUGGUUUACGCAAGCAUGUGCUCAUGGAGCUACCGUCACCGAUCACGUCAUCAGGCAGAAAGCAUCACAACUGGCCGUAAAUCUUGAAGUUGAUUUUGAACCGAGCAAUGGCUGGCUCAUGCGCUGGAAGCAGGCCAAUAACGUUUCGUUCAAAAAUUUUUCACGGCGAAUCAACGUCAGCAGAUCACGGUUCUGCCAACGAAUGGGUGACAAAUGUUUUGCCGCAUUUUUUUCGUGGAUAUGA